GCGGGCAACGGCAGCAUCGCACGCCGUGCUGCUGAGACAUGGGAGUGGCUGAAGCAGAUGCGUAAGGAGGUGCGGCAGGCAAAACGAAAGAGCAAGAAGGAGGAGAAAAGCGCGUCACUGUUGUGUUCGGUUUUGCGUGCGAGCAGUGCGGUGCUGACGGAUAGGGCUGCCACUCGGCCUUCCUCGCUCGCUGACUCUCGCCGUUUUCGCUUUGCACUGUACUCUUUUCUGGAUGGAACCCCAUUUCUGACACCGCAGUCUCUUUGCCGCUACAAUACGGCCCUUGCCGAGGCUUUGAAUGACGACCAGCUGGAACUGAUUCGUUGCCACGUCUUUAACUACGAUGAGGUGGCCUUCGCGGAUCUUUUGUACGCUGACGUGGUGGCAGAAUCACUAGAGCAACGCGUGCCUCACGUCGGCGACGAGUUGGUACCCGAUGUUGUGCGGCGCUUUAACGAGAGCUCGCGGUGCGCGCUGGAGCGGCUCGUCGCCGCCCCCGGUGGCCUUGCCGACGCCACCACCUUGGCAGCCCGCCAGGUGGCCAUAGUUGAGGAUGCCGUGAACGGGGUUGAUUACAGGGAGUGA